AGUCAAGAGUGCCGGUUUGCGGAGAAGCGUUCGCUCGCUCGCAUCUUUCAGGCGUUUCACUUCACACGGGCUGCGAAGUCAGUCCGGUGCGCGCGAGGAGGCGGGCAGGGCGGAUGUGCUGAGAGCACGCGGAGCAUCUUAAGGAAGGGAAGACUCACAGAGGUCCCCUGCUGCACCCUGUUCACACAGCGAUGUCCUCUCGUCUAGGAGAGUCUUACGGUGAUAACAUGUAAAUGCAUUCGAUGAAGAGCACGCCGAGCUUCCAGUUUACUCCUGUCAAGAAAUGGGAAUUACAAUGACUCUGUUUUACCUUCUUCAUCUUCACUGUUUAUUUUCCACUGAAAAAAGGAAAAUUGCUACAAUGACUAUGGAGUGAUGGACUUUUUCUGUACAGUAUGGACAAUUAAAGCUUUGGUGUGCCAUGGCUGAAUGCUUCUUUUGCUGAAACAUGUUUUGAUUUCAAAAGGCUUCUGAAGAACUAAAUUAUAACCAAGAUGUCAAAGAAAAAUCGCAAAGGUGAAAAGCCUGAGGCAGUGAUUGAUGCCUUGCAGGCUGCUAAUGAGGAGCUCCGAAGUAAACUAACAGACAUUCAGAUUGAGCUCCAGCAAGAAAAAAGCAAGGUAUGCAAGCUCAGAGAGAAACUACAGGAGAAUAAACAAGGUCGUGAGCUUGAGCAGCAUAAACAUAUAGUUCUGGUAACAGACUUGAAAGCUAAGCUGCAUGAAGAAAAAAUGAAGGAUAUGCAAGGCCUCCGGGAGGUCUUGAUUAAGCAGCAUGAACAGGAAUUGGCACGUGUGAUCAAGAUCAAAGAUGGGGAGCUACACAGACUGCAAUCUUUAGUAAAUGUUUUGCGUGAUGGGGCAGCUGACAAAGUAAAGACAGCUUUAUUAUGUGAGGCCCGGGAGGAAGCCCGCCGCGGAUUUGAUGGUGAACGUAUAAAACUACAGCAGGAGAUACUGGAACAGAAGUCUGCUAAGAAGCAGGUGGAGGAAGCCUUCAAUAACCUCAUGCAAGCAGACAAAGCCAAAGCCAUGGACCUAAGAAUGGCAUAUCAAAACCAUCAGGAUGAGAUAAACCGAAUUAAAAGGGAUUGUGAAAAGGACAUUCGCAGGCUGAUGGAUGAAAUCAAAGGCAAAGACAGAGUGAUCCUUGCCCUAGAAAAAGAACUUGGUGUUCAGUCUGGUUAUGCCCAAAAGCUUCUGCUGCAAAAAGAGGCUCUUGAUGAACAGUUGGUACAGGUAAAAGAAGCGGAAAGGCAUCAUGGGAGUCCAAAAAGAGAACACCCGCCAAUACUUGGUGAGACAGUGGACUUCAUCCUAAACCAGGAACUACAGAUGGAUGAACGUGAUAUGAGGCGAUUUCAACUGAAAAUUGCGGAGCUUAAUGCUGUAAUUAGAAAACUAGAGGACAGGAAUACACUGUUAGCUGAUGAAAGAAAUGAACUGCUGAAACGGGUGCGAGAAUCUGAGACUCAGAUGAAACCUCUUUUUGAGAAAAAUAAAAGAUUGUCAAAAAAGAAUGAUGACUUGUUGCAGUCUUUGCAGCGAAUGGAGGAGAAGUUAAAAAAUUUGAGUCGGGAACAUGCAGAAAUGAAGGAAAAAUUGCAGACACAGGCACAAACAAUUCUAAGGAGACCAAGUUCUCUCAAUGAUUUGAGUCACACACAUGAUGAGCAGGAAAUUGAAUUUCUUCGGCUUCAGGUGGCUGAGCAGCAGUCAAUGAUAGACGAUCUUACGGUGGAAAGAGACCGUCUGUUAAGAAGCAAAAAGAGCAAAAGAAAAAGUUUAAAGUUGCCAAAGAGGCAUGUUGUGGAGACGUAUUUUGGAUUUGACGAAGAAUCGGUGGAUUCUGAAACGUCGUCCCUAACUUCCUACACCACUGACCGAACAGACAGAACGCCAGCUACACCAGAAGAAGAUCUGGAUGAAGGUAUUUCAAGAGAAGAGUCUGAGCUUAGAUUUAGACAGCUUACAAGAGAGUACCAGGCACUUCAAAGAGCAUACGCUCUUCUUCAGGAGCAAGUAGGAGGAACUCUAGAUGCUGAGCGAGAGUCAAGGACACGAGAGCAGCUGCAGGCAGAUUUAAUAAGGUGCCAGGGGAAAAUUGAAGACCUUGAGAAAUCUCUGGCGGAAACAGGACAGGACUCUAAAUGGGUGGAGGAAAAGCAGUACCUUAUAAGAACAAAUCAAGAGCUUUUGGAAAAGAUCCAGAAACUGGAAUCGGGUGAGAACCAUCUGCGGACUGAGAUGCAGGAUGUCAAGGACCAAAACGAGCUUCUAGAGUUCAGAGUGUUGGAACUUGAAUUCUGCAGUCCAUCUCAUCCAGAUUCUCCACUCCAUCACAUAAAAGCAUUCUUGAUAUAUAUAGUUUUUUGUUAUUAUUAUUUGACACGGUUAAUUUCAACAACUCCCUGCAUGCUUUUUGAUAAUGAGCGUGAACGAAGGUCACCAGCUUUCAAUCUUCAUAUUACAGCCUUCUCGGAGAACAAUGGAAGUGCUCUCCAACUUCACUGCCACCAGGAGGGCAUAAAGGAUGUUGUCAUUCCUGACCUCAUGAAGAAACUGGACAUACUGGGAGAUAAUGGCAACCUGCGAAAUGAGGAACAAGUUGCUGUGAUACAAGCCGUAACUGUACUGUCACUAUGUGAAAAGUGGUUAAAGCAAAUUGAUAGCACAGAGGCCGCCCUUACUCAGAAGAUGCUGGACCUAGAGAAUGAGAAGGAUCUGUUCAGCAAACAGAAAGGAUAUUUAGAAGAAGAACUGGACUACAGGAAGCAAGCACUGGACCAGGCCUAUAUGAAAAUCCAGGAGUUGGAGGCCACACUGUAUAAUGCACUGCAACAAGAUCCAAGCAACAGAGUGAGUGAAUCUUUGACAGAGAAGCAAAAGGAGGACCUGAGAAUAGCUGUGGAAAAGCUGAGGAGACAAAUACUGAGGCAGAGCCGGGAGUUUGACAGUCAGAUCUUACAGGAGCGCAUGGAGCUGCUGCAGCAAGCGCAGCAGAGAAUAAGAGAGCUGGAAGAUAAAAUAGAACUUCAAAAAAGACAAAUUAAGGAAAUAGAAGAAAAGCUUUUAUUCUCUGGCCUUGAUGGUGCUAAAAUGUGCAGAAAACAGGCACAAAAUUUAAAACAUGAAGGUGGAGCAUUAAAAUGGAACAAUCAGACGUACUGUAUGUAUAUUGAAGUGUACUGAGUAACAAUCAAGAGGGAAAGUAUAAUGUUAAUCUAGUGCUUCUAAAGACAGCAUUUUUAUAAAUUAAAUCAAACUCAGAGGAAGAAGCUGAAAUUAUUAUUUCGCUGUUUAUGAACUAAAGAUACUGUCAAACCAAUUAUAUAUUUUUGUACUUUUAAUGAAAACAGUUAAAAUAAAAGAAUGGAGUAUCAAGAUCAUUUCAGCAUAGAACAUGUUUGU